GGAGUGGAUGGAUGACCGAGCCACGAUUUAAAACACAAACGCACGGGCAAAAUCAGCGAGCACUUCUGUAGACGUCAGGUGAUCGCUGCUGGUAGUAGUGGUGGUUGUUUAAAGGGUAGAAGCAGCAGCAUUGGUUGUUGUUGUUGUUGCUGUUGUUGGUGGUUGUUGUUGUUGGUGGUUGUUGGUGGUGGUGGUGGAUCUCCGGUGACUUAGCGAGGAUUGGAGCAGCGUUCCAGACGGCCACAGAGGGCAGCUCGUCUCACCCGCCACUGCCUUUGUUCGAUGAUUCCCCAUCAUCACUCCGUGAUGGACAACUCCACAGCCGCAGACUAUGACUUUGACCCCGGGGCGGCCUGGCUGGACUUCCCCACGUGCAUCCUGCUGGGCCUCUCCUCCCUGCUGGGCCUCCCCUCCUACCUGGCCCUCUUGUGGACGUUCAGGCGCACCCCACGGGAGCCCGACCCCGCACGACGCCUCCUGCUCCACCUGGCCACGUGCGACGGCCUCCUCUCCGCCGUCCUCCCCUUCUGGGUCGUCAACAUCGCCGCGGGCCGCUGGCCCUUCGGCCUCGUCGCCUGCAAGGCCCUCAGCUUCGGUGUCUACGCGGCCGCGACGGGCGGCUCCCUGUGGCUCACGGCGCUCGCCUCCCACCUCCUGGCUCCUCCCCCCGCGAUUGCCGCGUGGGGCUUCACGGCUCUCUCGGCCGUCCCCUGGCUCAUCGUGCGGACGGUCAAGGAGGUCCCCGACUACGCUUCGUACGACUACGGCUCGGACUACCUGGACCACCACGACGGCGGCGACGGCGGCGGGCGGCCGUCGUCGUCGGCCCUCGGGGCGGCCCUCCCGCUGUGGCUGGCGCUGGGCGCGCUCGGGGCGUGCGCCCGACCGCUCCUCUGCGCCGCGCUGGCGGCGGCGCUGCCGGCGGCGGCGGCGGCGGCGCCGGCGGCCCGCGGGAACGGCGGCGCGGCGGGCAAGGAGGCGGGCGGGGGCAGGGAGGCGGAGACGCGGCUCUAG